AUGGAAAACGAUGGCGAUAGUCCUUCGGCCGAGGUGCGCCGCACCCAGCAGGUCGACAAUGCCAUCCGCGCCAUUCAGGAGAAGAAGCCGGUCCCGGAGAUCGACUUCACCAUCCACACCAUGGAGGACGGGACCCAAGUGAGCACUCUCGAGAGAGUGUGCAAAGAUGUCCAAGCACCCGCCAUGUUCAAGCCGACCGACGAGCAGUUCUUCGAGGAUGAUUCCCACGCGAAGCCCGACAUCGAAUUUCUCAAGCAGCACUUCUACCGCGAGGGCCGUCUGACGGAUGAACAGGCUCUGUGGAUCCUUAAGACAGGAACCGAGCUGCUUCGAGCCGAGCCCAACCUCCUCGAGAUGGAUGCUCCCAUCACCGUCUGCGGCGACGUCCACGGCCAGUACUACGAUCUGAUGAAGCUCUUCGAGGUCGGUGGCGACCCUGCCGAGACGCGCUACCUCUUCCUCGGGGACUACGUCGACCGUGGCUACUUCAGCAUCGAAUGCGUCCUCUACCUUUGGUCUCUCAAGAUUCACUAUCCGAAGACGCUGUGGCUCCUGCGAGGCAACCAUGAGUGUCGCCACCUGACCGACUACUUCACCUUCAAGCUCGAGUGCAAACACAAGUACUCCGAGGCCAUCUACGACGCCUGCAUGGAGUCCUUCUGCAGCUUGCCCCUGGCCGCCGUCAUGAACAAGCAGUUCCUCUGCAUCCACGGUGGUCUCAGUCCCGAACUUCACACUCUCGACGAACUGAGAAAUAUUGAUCGCUUCAGGGAGCCUCCGACGCAGGGGCUCAUGUGCGACAUCCUGUGGGCUGACCCGCUCGAGGAUUUCGGCCAGGAAAAGACGAGCGAGUACUUCCUGCACAACCAUAACAACUUGCUAUCCAUCAUCCGUGCGCACGAGGCUCAGGACGCAGGUGUCAUGACCAUCUUCUCCGCCCCCAACUAUCUUGACGUCUACAACAAUAAGGCUGCGGUGCUCAAGUAUGAGAACAACGUUAUGAACAUUCGUCAGUUCAACUGUACUCCUCAUCCUUACUGGCUCCCCAACUUCAUGGAUGUCUUCACCUGGUCGCUGCCGUUUGUGGGGGAGAAGAUUACAGACAUGCUCAUCGCCAUCCUCAGCACCUGCUCCGAGGAAGAGCUCAAGGAGGAGACGCCCUCGUCGACGUCACCGCAUUCACCCGUUUCCACGACGGGCGACGAUCCCAACUCGAUCGAGUUCAAGCGGAGGGCGAUCAAGAACAAGAUCCUCGCCAUUGGCCGCAUGUCUCGAGUCUUCCAAGUCUUGCGAGAAGAGUCGGAAAGGGUUACGGAGCUCAAGACCGUCUCCGGCGGAAGGCUCCCCGCCGGUACGCUGAUGCUCGGUGCAGAGGGUAUCAAAAACGCCAUCAGCUCGUUUGAGGACGCCCGAAAGGUUGAUUUGCAGAAUGAGCGCCUGCCCCCGAGUCAUGACGAGGUCGUGAAGCAUCAAGAGGAGGAGCGGGCGACGGCGCUCCAGAAGGCGGCCCACGACGCCGAUAACGACAAGAAACUGCACCAGCUCUCAAGGAGACUCAGCACGUGA